GGCGUAUUUUUCCACCACCAAAGAUAGAAAAAGAAAAUCCCCUCUCCGCUGCCCUUCUUUCUCGAUUUUGGGGAAUUUUUCCAGGGGUCGAUCUCGCGGGCCGGUGGGGAAAGAAACCGUAGUUCGUUAGGGCUCCAAGCCUUCGAAUCCAUGGCGUCCCGAAGGCGAAUGCUUCUCAAAGUUAUCAUCCUCGGAGACAGCGGGGUUGGGAAGACGUCUCUGAUGAAUCAGUAUGUGAACAAGAAGUUUAGUACUCAGUAUAAAGCGACUAUUGGAGCUGAUUUUUUGACAAAAGAAGUCCAGUUGGAGGACAGGCUAUUCACAUUACAGAUAUGGGAUACUGCAGGGCAAGAAAGAUUUCAGAGUCUUGGUGUUGCCUUCUACCGUGGAGCUGAUUGCUGUGUUCUUGUGUAUGAUGUUAACGUCAUGAAGUCAUUUGAUAACCUGAACAAUUGGCGUGAAGAAUUUUUGAUUCAGGCUAGCCCGUCCGACCCAGAAAAUUUCCCAUUUGUGGUGCUGGGAAACAAGACAGAUGUUGAUGGUGGCAAUAGCCGAGUUGUUUCUGAGAAGAAAGCAAGGGCAUGGUGUGCAUCAAAAGGGAACAUCCCCUAUUUUGAGACAUCUGCUAAAGAAGGAUUUAAUGUGGAUGCUGCUUUUGAGUGUAUAGCCAAGAAUGCCCUCAAGAAUGAACCAGAGGAAGAGCUAUAUCUUCCGGAGACCAUAGAUGUGGCGGGUGGUGGACGUCAGCAACGAUCAUCAGGCUGCGAAUGCUAGAUAAAUGACAGGCAGCUGGAGUUUAUUCGUCCAAUUUAUUUGUAGUCAAAAUGUCAUAUAAUAAUUCUAUGAAAGCUCAUUGCUCUUUCUUGUAAUCUCUGUCGUGUCGUGGGGAUUGGUACUAGUUGGUCUUAAUGGGUUAUUCUUCCCCAUGUAUUUGCUUCAUCAACAUUCCGCCUCUCCCGUGGGAUUCAUUUGUUUCUGUAUUUAAGGACUCGAGGAAUUUGUGCUAUUUUCUGAGGAUGUUCCAUGCGGUAGUUUCUAAGCAUCUAUUCUACAAUCCUUCGCAGUGAUA